GGGAAGCGGAACGCGUGAAAAGGAAAGUGACGUCUUUUAUUUUAACGGGUGAAACUUCGUCGUUCUUUUCAACCCUGUAUGAUUUUGACCCAAGAUGAAAGUUAUUUUGAAUAUUAGCUGAACUGAUUAUUCUUUCUACCAAGAUGUGGACUUUUGCCUGAAUGUUUCCACGCAUUCAAUAAUAAUAUUUGGAACCGAAUUCGAAAAUGUAUGUGCAUAACAUUUAAAUGAACUGUUGGGACUACACGCACAUAGUACGCUUCGGAGAUGUAAUCUACACAACGUCAUUAAUGUGGACUGCACAGUGAACGCUGUCAACUAGUAUUGGAUGAACUUCACAAUCACAUGAACACACUAAUCGGCAAUUAAAUCGCGAACUGGACUGUGAGUACACCAUGAAGACUCCCAGAAUAAAACUGAAUUCAGUCUCACUGCUAGUAAUGGGCCCCAACAUUUAUUUUUGGAUCAGGGUCUGUUGGAGCUGGAAUCACGUGUAGGAAUGAUAAUAGGCCUACUAAUGGUAUCAUUUCAAGCCAGUCUCCAUUGUCUGAUGAACCGGCUACAUCCAACAGCAAAAUGGUUAAUGCCAGACUUAUCGGGAUAUCUUCGGAUGCAGAUGGUAUCUACGUUGCUGACUUUCUGCAAGAGAAUCUAGAAUUCACUCAUGUUAUUCCGUCAGGGUCAGUGACGCCGGGUUGCAUAUGUUUCGACUCUGUACGAAAGAAGGUCUACUGGAUCAAAAGCAGGAAAGUUUACCGCGUAAACUUGGAUGGUUCUAGCAUGGAGUUUCUUGUAGACUGUAGACGUGAUGAUGUUUCAGCUAUCGCUCUUGCUGGAAAAUCGGAGGAAUUAUUCAGGGCGUAUGGGCAUCCCCUUCAACAAAUAACAUCGCAGUCAAUUAAAGCGGGUAUACGGAAUAUCAGUGUAGAAGCUGCUAUUUUCACUGAUGAUAAUCAUAACCCAGGACCGACAUCCUUCCCAGCUUCUCUUGUUGUUGACGAAGAAUACAGGAACUGUCCAACGUAUUUUCAUUGCUGACUAUCUCUCAGAGAGGUACUUCUACAAAGACCUCGUCCAUAAUGGUGCCCAGGAAUCGACGCCAUUAAUCUUUAAGCACAAUAUGACAGGAAUAAGGGCUAUGCACUACUAUGAUGGCGCCCUGUACUUGCUACAAUCCGGUCCGCACUUCCAGUCGGGUUUCCGUAUUUGCAGGAAUAUAGAGGCGCGAAACAAUAUCACAUGUGACUUUCGGGUAAUCAAUGGCUCAAUCAUUCUAAAUGAAUUCCUCAUCGUCAACAUAACAGAAUACUAAGCGAUGUAGUCCAACCUAUUUCUCAAAUAUUUUACGUUUUAUGGCAGUAGGCUUGGAUACUAAGAGGUUAAAACCUUUAAAAUUCUUUGCACGCUGAAUUAAUUUUGUGAGAUAAUAGUGACGAUUGUUUCCAUGUUAUCUUCUUCAAUUUAAGAUUUCCAUAUUGCACCAUUGAUACUUAGGUUUAGUAUAUAGAUGAUAUCCAAGAACUAUUGUAAUUAUAAGCUUCUUUAAUAUGAAUGUAGAAGAGAAAACUAAUUAUUACAAUUGUUAAAUUUAAAUGUACGAAUGUGCAAAAUUGCAAUAUCAGCACGCAAAGGGUGCUGAAAUAUGUAUAUGUUUCAAUCAUGGAAUUUGUAAUUAGUAAAAUUACUAACGAGGGAUUCUUUAAUAUCUAGUUCGUAUACUUUAACUGUUGUCUAUUUUACAGAACUCUAACAAGCUUUCAGAAUAAUGGUUACUAUUCUUUUUAAAUAUGAAUUUACCAAAAUGUGCCAUAACAGGGGUUGGUGUUGGUGAAUGGGGAAUACACGUAGAUCGUCGUUCAGACAGCGCUCAACAUCACAUCCGGAAAUACGUUAUAUUUUCCGAGGUCAAUCCCAACACCAGCGUCAUUUCAAGAACGGUGUUGUGGCUGGUGUUGGUGUUGUCACAACACCAACACCAGAUUUCAACACCGUACUUGAAAUGACCCAUUGUUACUAUUACUCUCUUUGGUGUCAUGAUCGAUCUCUAGGGUGUGGUCCUGAGUGGUGACAGUUUAACACCACAGUUUUUAAGGUGUUAAUUGUUCUCCAUAUAUAUAAAUUUGAUUUCAUGAUGAUGCAUACUUCUGACACUCAUUAGACUAAGUUUUGUCUGUUUUUAUCUUACUUUUCUUUACAAUUUCUGUAGACAUGUUUACAUCACUUACCAUUUUUAUGCUUUGUUCAUUGCAAUUUUGAUUGAUUUUAAGCAAAUUUAAGCUUGUUUUGCAAUAUAGUGAAAUUUCUAAUUGAAAAAAAAUUCUAAUUGAAAAUUACAGACCUAUUGCGUUGUUACCCAUAUUCUCAAAAAUUCUUGAGAAAAUAGUGUACAAAAGAAUGGAUGAUUUCCUUCAACUUCAUAAUAUCAUAAUACCACAACAAUUUGGCUUUCGAAAGAAUUACUCCACAAAUAUGGGCGUCUUGAAUUUAGUGAAUACUUUUAUAAAUGCAAUUGAUAGUGGAAAAUUUUGUAUUGGUGUGUUUCUAGAUUUAUCAAAGGAAUUUGAUACUAUCGAUCAUGAUAUAUUGUACAAGCUUGAGCAUUAUGGUGUUCGUGGGGUAGCCUUAAGUUGGUUUAAAAAUCACUUAAAGAAUAGAUGUCAGUAAGUAAUGAUUAAUGGAGUUUAAUAACAAUCUAAGGAGGUUAAAUGUGGUGUACCCCAAGGCUCGGUUCUGGGUCCCUUAUUGUUCUUGAUUUAUGUUAAUGACAUUAUAAAUUCAUCAAAAUUGUUUACUUAUUCACUAUUCGCAGAUGACACUUGCUUACUUUCCCAUCACAAAGAUAUGCAUACUCUCAUAUUCUCAACUAACAAUGAAAUUAAAAAUAUAUUUAAAUGGUUUUGUUGUAACAAGCUUUUAUUAAAUGCUAUUAAAACUCAAUAUGUUGUCUUAAGAACAAGGGAUAAAAGAGUCCCUGAAGAUACUAAUCGAUUAUCAAUAGGAGGCCAUCAGAUCAAUCGAAGUCAAGAUGUAAGGUUUAUGGGAGAUGUAGUUGAUGAUCACUUAUCAUGGAAAAAUCACCUCAAUUUUGUUUGUACUAAGGUAUCAAGGAGUGUUGAUGUCAUUUAUAAGUUACGUUUCUCUCUCCCUCAGCAGACCUUAGUAACUCUUUACAAUGCUAUUAUUAUGCCACACUUAAAUUAUUGUAAUGUUGCAUGGGUAAAUACAUAUAGGAACCAUUUAAACAAACUGCUAGUUCUUCAGAAGAAAGUUAUGAGGCUCAUAACAAAUUCGAAUUACAGAUGUCCAAGUAUUCCUUUAUUUCUGCAAUUGAAGAUUUUGCCUCUUGAUGAUUUAGUCUCCUUCAAUUGUUUGAUAUUUAUGUACAAAUCACAAUCCUCUCAAAACUGUUCAUUUUUAAAAGAUGCAUUUGUUGUUAACUCAAAUGUCCAUCUGUACAAUACACGGCACAAAAAUCUUAUCCACCAACCACUUACAAGAACAAAUACUGCUUUGAAUUCUUUUGUGAUAGUUUGUACCAAAGAAUGGAAUAAGUUACCACAAAGCUUUAGAUCCAGUCCAACACUGCCCAUAUUUAAAAAUUCAUGUCGAAAAUAUUUAUUUGAAAGGUUACAAAAUAUUUUAAAUUGAUUCUUGAUAAACCAUAUGUGUGUGUGUGUAUUUUGUAUGUAUUUUUCUUAUUUACUCUCUAGAUUAUCAUUAUAAAUAUUUUUCAUCUCAUUCUUGUUGUAAUGUACUUUAUAAGGGGCCCCUCUCACAAGCUCUGCUUCUAUGGGGUUCCAAACCUAUCAUGUAUUCUCAUUUUUUGUUAAACUGUGUAAUGUCUCUUGUUUUGAUUGGUUGAAAUAAACUUGAACUUGAAUAGUCA